AUGGGUGGAAAAGCAGAAAAGGGCACUCCUAAAUAUAUAGCAAAUAAGAUUAAAGCUAAAGGCUUACAAAAAUUGAGAUGGUAUUGUCAGAUGUGCCAGAAACAGUGUCGUGAUGAGAACGGUUUUAAAUGCCACACAAUGUCUGAAUCACACCAGCGGCAGCUUUUGCUGUUUGCUGACAACGCUUCGAAAUACAUAGACCAGUUCUCCAAGGAAUUUUCCGAUGGCUACUUGGAGCUACUACGUCGUCAGUUCGGCACAAAACGGGUGAAUGCCAAUAAAGUGUACCAAGACUAUAUCUCUAACAGGGACCAUCUCCACAUGAAUGCAACACAAUGGGAAACCCUGACUGACUUUGUCAAGUGGUUAGGGAGAGAAGGUAAAUGUGUUGUGGACGAAACAGAGAAGGGGUGGUUUGUUGCGUAUAUAGAUAGGGACCCAGCGGCGAUCGCUGCACAGGAGGCCAAAGCAAAGAAGGAGAAGAUGGAUAAGGAUGACCAGGAAAGAAUGUUAGAAUUCAUACAGAAACAAGUGGAGAAAGGGAAGAAGGAGUUCAAGGCUGAGGAGCCCUCGUACACAGAACUAAAACGAGAGAACAGCCAAGAGAAACUCACACUCAACAUUAAUUUGAAGAGGAAAACCGAAGAGAAAGCUGAAGGCCUCCCAAAAUCAGUACUGCAAGCAUCGAAAAUCAAAGAAGAAUCUUCCAGCAAGAAGAAGAGGACAGAAGAAUGCAAAAGCAAGCAGUCGGCUCUAGAUGAGAUUAUGCAAAUGCAGGAAAGAGCGAAAGAGAAAGCAAAUAGAAAGGACUACUGGCUGACUGAAGGUAUCGUUGUAAAAAUCAUCACAAAGUCCCUCGGCGACAAGUUUUACAAGAGGAAAGCGGUCGUCGAACGUCUCGUUGACAAAUACGCGGCGCACGUCAAACUGACAGAUGACAAUGUCAAACUGAAACUUGAUCAGAACCAUGUGGAAACAGUGAUACCUUCACCCGGGCGUGUGGUGAGGUUUGUGAACGGGGCGUACAGAGGAGAGAUUGGAGUGCUGAGGGAUAUUGACACCGACAACUACUGUUGCGACGUCGAGAUAUCAGAGGGACUUUUGACUGGUCGUCUAGUCAAAGGGGUACAGUAUGAAGAUAUAAGCAAACUCGCUACGUGA